AUGACUUGGCCGCUCGGUCUCGGUUGUUCCAAUGUCGACCUGAGUCUGCUGCAUCCGACGCCGGAACAAUUCGCGGUUUACUGGCGCCUGUACAAGGAGAAGUGCUAUCCCAUCAUCAGGAUCUUCCACCUCCCGACCGUGGAGCCGGUCAUUCUUCAUUGCCAGGGCCAGAGAGACGGCAUGCCGCGGACCGUUGAGGCACUGCUAUUCGCCAUUUACUUUUCCACCGUGGUCAGCCUCCACCGUGAGGAAUGUCUGGACAAGAUUGGUAGCGAAGAGAGCACUCUGAUCAGGAUCUACAAGGCGGGCAUGGAGCAGGCCUUGGCGCGGGCACGCCUCUUCGACACCGACCAAGUCACGGUGCUCGAGGCGUUUGUCGUUUUCCUCUGCAGCCGCCGGAACUGCUGCAACUUGCGGCUCAUGUGGUCGCUCACGUCCAUGGUGGCGCGGCUCGCCCACGGCAUGGGCAUCCAUCGUGACGGCCCGCACUUUGGCCUCUCUCCCUUCGUCACCGAGACAAGACGACGGCUUUGGUGGGUCAUCUGCGUCCUCGAGUGCAGAGCCGCCGAAGCCCUGGGCUAUCACGCGUCGACGCACACGUUGAACAACGACGCGCAGAUGCCGCGCAACAUCAACGACGCCGACUUUGGCCCCGGCACGGCCAGCCCCCUCGCCUCGAGAGGAGGCUUCACAGAGAUGGCCUACGUCGUCAUCAUGUUCCAAGCCACCGUCGUCGAGUCGCAUGUUCUGCUCUUCGCCGGCCUGCCCACCGCCAAAUGGAGCUGGUUCUGCUGCUCCCCAGUGGAAUGGUACGCCAUCGCCUACAUACUGACGGAGCUCUGCGUCCGCACCCGGGGCGAGCUGGUCGACCGGGCCUGGGAGGCCGUCACCUCGGUCCUCGAGGCUGACCGGCCUACACGGCCGCUGCCCGCUGCCGCGGCCCCGGGAGACAUGGUGCUCGGCCCCAACUCCCAGCCAGGAAGCCUCAGCGCCUUCGAAUACAAGCGCAUGAACAAGUUGUUGAGGACAGCGAGGGCGGGGCGACGCGGCCGGCCCCAGUCGCCGGGUCCGGCGAUGCCCUCCAGGCCCGGCCCGGCGGACCUGCUCGUUACGGCGCACCGCUUCAACGACGGCCUCAUCUCCGGCGCCGCCGAUCCCAUCCCUGCUUCCGUGAACCACUGCGACUGCGACACCAGUGGCCGGGAGGCCGUUUCUGCAGACUACGUCCGCGACCAUCUGUCCGACAUCAGCCACGAGCAUCCCUUCGAUGGUCUCCUGUACGGCCCGUCACCGAGUCGUGCGGACACGCUUGCGGAACCACCACUACCAGACUACUUGUCCGACAAGGGGCCUGCGCCGCCAGACACACUGUAG